AUGUCUACUAGUAGUGAUUCUCGACUGUAUGCACCUCUGGAUCGGUCACGACGAGAAAUCCGCCUCAUAGAGAUUCUUUCAACCAAACCAAAAAUUGUCUGCAACCUUACCACCGUAUCACUCGAUCAAGACCCCGAGUUCAGCGCCUUAUCAUAUCUCUGGGGUGACACAGGCAAAACUGAAGCAGUCACUGUCAACGGCGUGGAGCAAUUAAUCACCUCAAGUCUUGCAAAUGCACUGGAAUAUGUUCCUUAUCACUGGAAGAAUGCACUUACCGAAAGAGAACCCAAGUCAUGUCGGCUUUGGGCAGAUGCACUUUGCAUCAACCAAGACGAUGAACUCGAGAAAGGUCAUCAAGUCCAGCUGAUGAAGCUCAUUUAUCCCGCCGCAGAGAUUGUUUUUUCCUGUCUUGAUAUAGAGGCUCCACAGUCGGAUAUUCGUCUCGCUUUCAAGACAUGUGAAACGCUUGCCAAAUCUGCUCUUGAACGCGGCCUCGUUCGCUCACCCUGCGAAUUCUACCUUUCCUCUGAAGAAAAAUGUGUACAAGACUUGGGUUGGCUCUUACAACAUCCACUCUUGGAUGAAAAGUACCCAAUCAACUCCCAGGAGUUCCGAGCUUGGAUUUUCCAAGAGCUGGUACUCUCAAAGCGUGUCGUUGUAAUUCAUCAGCUUGAAUUCAUGGAUUUGAAAUUCUUGCUGGAUGCGCAAUCUUGCGUCCAGCUUCUUAGAGAAAAGGCAGUGGAAUCAAAAUCAAAAUCGAGCCAAGCCCACCAUUACUUCUGGCAUUUUUAUUGGCAGACCUUUUUGACGUUGAGACGAGUCGAUUGGGCACGGGCGUGUGUCCAUGGAGGAACAAAUGCAGACGAGACUGUUUUUCGAUACAUGCGGAGCUAUCUUCUUCUUUUCAGUGGGAUGUAUGGUGCCAAGAAUCCAAAAGAUCAUGUUUACGCUUUACUUGGAGUAACGGCUCUCGACAUUGAGCCAGAUUAUACCAGCAAAACGCCCGUUGCGUCAGUAUAUAUUGAAGUAUGUGCGGAGAUCUUAAAAUCGCAACAAGUGCAGGACGGUUGGCCGCUUUGCUUUCUUUCGGGAGCGGGUCUUGUGCGUCAAGGCCAAAACCAGGACUAUGAAUUGCCAUCUUGGGUACAUAGCUUCCCUUCGACGUUCGGCAUAAACAAGUCACCCCAUCGCUUACUCAGAGGCUAUGACGAACCAAACUACGAUAGUCCACAAGAGUGGAAUAGCCUGGAAUCGGCAAGUAUUCGUGGAUAUAGUUUGACUUGUUCCGCAAUAUUCUUUCAUACCAUCAUCGAUGCAAGUCCGACGUUGGAAGAAUCGCAUGAUAGCUGGUUGAACUUUGUCCCGGCUGUUUUCAGAAUGAUACACCAGCCUAUCAGGAACACAGAAGACCCUCAUCCACUUUGGACACUCGCCCGAGCUUUCGGGGCCGAUGAUGAUCACAUAAAUGUAUGGGAAACACCUGCGGCCACUCGACUAAUUCGGAUAUUUCAAUACCUCCUAUUCCUUUGUCAAGUACCGAUCAAUGAUGACGAAACGCCUGAAGCUGAUGCAGCCAAGAAGGCCGAAGCAGUUGCAGAAGAUAUUCUUGACAAGUUGCCCGAAAACGUCUUGAGCCGAGACAAUGGACAAUCACCAGAGAACCGCAACAGAAACGAAAAGACCAUGCAGAGCUACCGAGAAUUCAUCUCUCAGAUAAGAGAUAAAGACUCUUUCUGGAAGGACAUAGACAAUCAACAGGUGCAACCAGAUGUUAGUGGACUCUUCAAGUUAGAGCCAGCGAUCGGUCUUACAGAAAGCGGCGAGUUCAUUGUACUUCCACGUGUGGCAGAGAUAGGAGACCAAGUAGUUCUAAUUCCAGGACACUGGCAGCUUUCAUUGGUACGGAAAGUGAACAAUCACUUUGUCCAUGUUGGGGACUGCUGGUCUUCUAGACCGAUGCAAGAAGUCGCGGAACUGGCCCGCGCAAAAGAAAUGAAAGUGAUAGAGAUACGGUGA